AUGUCCGCCCUCCGCCAAGUCUGGGCAGGAUACCGCUUUACGGGCUACGUUGGUGACACCAUUCGUGAGCUCAAGGUUCUGAGGCGGUGCCUGCGGUGCGGAAACGGUCCGCCGGCCCCGAGGUUUGACGCCGGUUCGAGACGCCUGUUCGUGCUGGCACAGGACUAUGCCGCCUUCUCGGGACGCAAUACGCCGUAUGCGGGCGACCUUGCGCGCGCGCAGGCCGAGAGUGGCUGGGACGUUGGGCGGUUGAAGCGCGAGGCAAAGAAGAGACGGAUAGCCCUGCCUCUGCCCACGGCAACCGAGCCGCCCGAACCCCCACAGCCCCUCACGCUCGCCUCUCUCCCAGAACUGGGGAGUGACGAGAAACCGCGUCCCGUGCCGCCACCAUCGUACGCGUUCGACAACGCGCCCCCUCUCCCGCAACCAUGGACUUACAAGCCGGACGAGGUGCCCGCCCCGCCCCCGCCGGGGAACAAGGUCACGAGCGGUGUGCUCGACUUUAUCAAGCUGACUGCCACUGAGAGGGGAGAUAUUCCGCCCGAACUUGGAUUGGUGGACUACAGGAGACGAGAGGGCAAGCGGAAGUGGGGCACGAAGGGGGCUGGCGCUUAG